CUGGGGCCAGCAUUUUGGUGUAGUGGGUGACAUCUCAUGUGGACACAGUUUGAGUUUUGGCUGCUCCACUUCCUAUCCAGCUCCCUGCCAAUGUGGGUGGGAAAGCAAUGGAUGGUGGUCCAAGUUCUUAGGCUUCUGAAUCCAUGUGGGAGGCAUGAAAGAUACUCCUGGCUUUGGACAGGCCCAGCUCCAGCUGUUGGGGCCACUUGAGGAGCAAGCCAGCCAAUGCAAAAACCUCUCUGUCUCUCCCUCUUGCCCUCUUUCUCUAACUCUGCCUUUCAAGUAAAUAAAUACAUCGCUUUUUAUAAAAAGAUGGAAAUGUCCUGGAAAUUAAUGUCAAGUAUUUGAAGGUGAAAACUGCACUGAAAACAACUGGAAUCAUGCUGAACACAGAUUGAUGGUUCCAUCUGAAUGGGGAAGAUGCCAUUUAAAGUUUUGGCAACUGAAACUAUAAGUCACAAGGCAUUAGAUGCAGAUAUAUACAGUGCAAUUCCAACAGAAAAAGUGGAUGGAACAUGUUGUUAUGUUACUACCUACAAAGGUCAACCAUACCUCUGGGCUCGACUCGAUAGAAAACCCAACAAACAAGCUGACAAAAGAUUUAAAAAUUUUCUACGUUCAAAAGACAGUUCAAAAGAGUUUUUUUGGAAUAUUGAAGAGGACUUCAAACCUGUUCCAGAGUGUUGGAUACCAGCAAAGGAAAUAGAACAGUUAAAUGGGAAUCCAAUUCCUGAUGAAAAUGGACACAUUCCUGGCUGGGUGCCAGUGGAAAAGAACAACAAACAGUAUUGCUGGCAUUCUUCUGUGGUUCAUUAUGAAUUUGGAAUUGCCUUGGUGUUAAAGCCCCAUGCUGCAGAUCCUGGGGUCUUGGAAAUAAGCGCAGUACCACUAGCAGACCUCUUAGAACAAACACUGGAGCUCAUAGGAACACAUAUCAAUGGAAAUCCAUAUGGGAUAGGAAGCAGGAAGCAUCCGUUACAUCUUCUUAUACCACAUGGAGCAUUUCAAAUAGGAAAUCUUCCUGCAUUGAAGCACAGUGAUCUACUGUCCUGGUUUGAAGGUUGCAGAGAGGGCAGAAUUGAAGGAAUAGUAUGGCAUUGCAGUGCCGGCUGUUUAAUUAAGGUCCAUCGGCAUCAUCUUGGUUUAACCUGGCCAAUUCCAGAUACUUACAUGAAUUCAAAGCCAGUUGUUAUCAACAUGAACUUGAACGAAUAUGACAGUACCUUUGAUACUAGAUGUUUGUUUAGUGACUUUUCAAAAAUAGAUAAUCAGAAAUUUGGUAGGCUCAAAGACAUAACACUUGAUGUAUAAACUGAAGUGCAAUUAAAAUUAGCUUUGGUACUAUAUUUGAAUCCUAAUUCUGUGCUCAAAAAGGUGUAAAUAUUGUGAAACAUCAAUAUGUCUUCUAAUUUUUGAAAAAAUGAUUUUUCCAGAUGCAGAUACUCAUUCAGUCUUUUAUUUGACAUUGACACAUUUUAACCCCUGGACAUACAAAUAUAAGUAACAGUAAGUCCCCAAGGCUGUAUAAAAGGUAAAUUCUGUUC